CAUCCAAAGAUGGCAGCCUCCUUGAAGCCGAAGCAACUGUACACAACGAUGAGUGACCGGCGCUUUUAAACAAGACUUGACCAUUUAUCAGCGGUGAAUUAAUCUAAAAAAUUCAAACAGCAUUCAACCACAUUCCGUAAACCUGUCACGCUAAAGAAAGUCGCCAACUAGCGCGUUCAGUUGCAAGCCAUCCGCUGCAUGGUAGAAACAUGGCGACCGCAGUCAAAGUUGACGGCUACGGUUUUGAGCGACCGGAAGACUUUGAUUUCGAAACGUACGAGGAAUUCAUGUCCAGGUACCUCUCGGUGCUCGUGCGUCGCGCGAAGAAGUGGGAGCAGCUGUUCGGCUCGUCGCCCCUCGAGGACCACCUGAAGAGGUCGUCCAAGGUCAAACGCUACACGCGCAAGGGCAUACCCGGUGACAAACGCGCCCUCGUGUGGAUGACGAUGAGCGGCGCCCUCGCGCGCAUGCAGGCCAACCCGGGCGUCUACCAGCGCCUCCUGGAGGCGCCGACACACGACGACCCAGUCAUCGACGCCAUCCGCACGGACAUCCACCGGACGUUUCCCGAGAACGUGUUCUUCGUCGACGCGCCCGAGGGCCAGCGGGUGCCGCUGUUCAACGUGCUCGUCGCGUUCGCGCGCCGCCGCCCGGACGUCGGCUACUGCCAGGGCCUCAACUUCGUCGCCGGGAUGCUGCUGCUCGUCGUCAAGGACGAGGAGCGCAGCUUCUGGCUUCUCGACGCGUUCGUCGGCGGCGUCGUGCCGACGGGGUACUACACGCCGGCGAUGACGGGUCUCCGCACGGACACGCGCGUCCUCGCCGAACUCGUGCGCGCGCGCUGGCCGGACGUGGACGCGACGAUGCGCCGCGAGGGCGCCACCUUCGACCUCGUCGCGACGAAGUGGUUCGUGUGCGCGUACGUCGACGUGCUCCCCGUGGAGACGCUGCUGCGCAUCUGGGACAGCCUCUUCUACGAGGGCGCGAAGGUCGUGUUCCGCGUCGCCGUGACGAUGGUCGCGCGGCAGCGCGCGCGUGUCGCGGCGGCGCGCGGCCUCGCCGACGUCGUCUCGGCUUUUCGCGUCGCCAUCGACGACCCCGCGAACACGUUCGCGCACGACUUCAUGGCCGACGUUUUCCGGGUUCCCGGAUCGUUCCCGAUGGCGACCAUCGACAAGCUGCGAGAGCAGUGCGAGCGAGCCGUGCUCGAGGAAGAUAGGUAGCGUCGCCGCGGCAACGCGAACGGGAGAACGUCGACGGACGUCGCUCGAGGAGGAGAGGUAGCAUCACCGCGGCAACGCGGACGGGAGAGUGUUGACUGAUGUUGCUUCAGGAGAUGAGGUAGUGUCGCCGCGGCAACGCAAACGGGAGAACGUCGACAGACUUGAGUGCACAUGACCAAAGAGAGAAGAGAAGAGAGGUGAGACGGGUCGUGCGAAAAACGCAACCGUGCGGGUGGACGUGUCGAUGACUCGUCAAAAAUCUUCGUCAGUGUUGCUCGCACUGAAAGCUGAUGUGGCGCACCUCUCAUAGUAUCAGGUAAAAGUCAAUCGGAGUCUGAAUUGGAAAAAUGAGUCUCUCAGUUGAAAAGAAUCGAGCAAGGAUCUGAGAAUGUGACGAAAAUUUUAUAACAACGUCGCAGCUAACACAAGAGGCAAAAGUCGGGUCGAGCGUUUUAAUAUCUGCGAUUGAGUGCGCUGCGAAAUUCUCAUAUUCCGAGCGAAGAUCUACAUCUAUGCAACGAUAUUUAAAAGCCGGGUGAUUUUCAUGUAUGAUCUUAUGUGUGUGAGCGUGGAAUUUCUCCAUUUUCGAUCAUCGUCCGUAUUUCUGGUGGUCGGUCGGUGGGUUGGUUGAUUCCCUGGAGUAUUAGUGGAAUGGGAACGUAUUUUAACACGGCUUACUGAAGCAGGCAAAUGGAGACCGUCCAUGAAUAUCUUUGGGUUAUAGUUAUAUUUUGUCUGCCAGUUUGAUCGCAUUUUGCCCGUAAUCGUAUUAAUUCCUGACAGUAUUUAGUUGUGGAAGUGAUUUUAUGAUUUAUUAUGAAAUGAUAUGUGUGUAGUUGAAUAUUCGAGUCACAUGAACAAAAUCAAAGGAUAAUUAAGGAUCGAUAGAUGAACAUGCCAAUGACGAGUUUUUAUUACUGGUGGGAAAUGACCGGGCCUAGUUUGAGGUGAAUCAUGUGCGCUUGAAUAGGCGAAAUCUGAAUUGAUCGUAAUCACCAAAGAACGUUUCUCCCUCUCGUGUUGUUAUGAAGGACACAUUGCAAUAUCUCGUUCCCAGCCUGCGAUAGUAACGUGUUAUAUAUUCCACGUUAACAGUGAUCUGAUGGCAUGAUGGAGAUAAAAGGCAAAAUUGAUUGUAAUAAUUUUCAUGAUGUUGUGAGUGUGAAUGGGUUUAUAUGUGAGGUGUGCAAUAUGCUAACAAUCGCUCCUAAGUUUGUUUUAUAAACAGUCAAACCUCGGUUAUCCGAACAAGAUCUCAAGGUCACGUGAAUAUUUAACGAUAAUACGACCAGAUCAGUUAUCCGAACAAUCAGUUAUCCGAACAAAAUACUCCCCGCCCGCCUCGAUCGCAUAAUCGAGGUUUA